GUCGUUGUCGUUGUUGUCGUCGUCGUCGUCGUGGUCUUUGGUUAGAGUAGAUGUCGACUGCUCUGCUGCUUCUAGUGCUGCUGCUGGUGUAUCGCCGCUUUCUAUCUCUUUUAUCGAUUUAUUCAAAGCAACCGUGAGAUUCACUGCGACCGACCGUCGUUGUCGUCAUCGUCAUCGUCGUCGUUCCUCUUUGCGAGCGGGUAACGUCGUAGUCGUUGUAAGUCGUUCAUCGUCGUCGUCGUCGUUUUGGUUGUCGUUGUCGUCGUCGUGAAGAGUGGAGUGGAGGUGUUGGCUUUGUUUUUGAAGAAGAGUGACGGGCAGCGGUUCUUCAUACCGCUGGCGGUAGAAACAAGUUUACUAUACAGACGUGUUGUUGUUGUUGUUAUUUCAUCAAUACGCGCGGCGGCAGUCACAACACUUGCAUUCGCAUCAGUCGCAACAGCACAGUGGCAGCGGAAUAACAGUUUAUUCUCCUCCGUAAACAUUACACACAACGCUCUUGCUCUUAUCUCAUUUUCAAAAACCUCUAUCUCAAGAGUCGUCUUAAAUUUGCAAGUGAUUCUAUAUCAAAUCAAGAGCUAGCUUCAGCUUAGCUAGGUCUAAACUUACUAGAAAUCACACUUGUAGCACAAACCAGAGCAGGCCCAGGCUCAGGACAGGCACAGGCACAAUGGUUGAUAUAACAACCCAAUUCAUAGAUGUGGUCAAGCAAUAUGAUAUUGUUUACAACCCCCGAAAUCCCAAUUACAAGAACUUCCUGGAGAAACUUAGAGCUUGGGGACAGAUAGCAGAUGAGUUGGGAAUAACAGUUGAUGCAGCCAAACGAAAAUGGAAAAAUCUCCGAGACAGCUACACAAAAUAUCUACGAUCGUUUCGAAUAGGAACAAAAACUUCAAAGAAAUAUCAAUUCUGGGCACAUGCAGAUCAUAUGGAAUUUUUAAAACCACACCAAGGCCCAGGAAGGCCACAAAAACAAGAAGACAACGAUGAAAAUGACUCAGAUAUAGGUUUUCAAGUAUUAAAAAAAUUCACCAUAGCCGAUGAUAGUGUGAUAGCACCACCACCUCCGCCACCCUUGCAAAUUCCACAAAUCAUAGCACCGGUAACAACAACAACAACCACCAUAGCAGCAGUAUCUGCCCCUGCCAAAGUACACAUACAACCCUCUUUCAUUUUGGCCAAAAACAUUUCCAAUGGUUAUAUAACACAAAUUCCUACAACUCCCUUGGAUUUGGCCUGCAACUCGACGACACCAACAUUGACGUCCCCCAUAGUUGCGAAAAUACGCGCAAUAAAUACACCAGCCCCAUUUUUCACCAACAAUUUACCAGCCCCCGAAAUAUCUUCCGUUCCGCCGCCGAAAAUUCGCAAAAUUGCCCCACAAAAUACAAGUAAUGUUGAAAAUUUUGAUGUUAACUCGAUAUUGCGAGCGAAUCGCGAAAUGGACUCAACUUGCUUGUUCUUUUUGAGCCUGGCCAAGUCGGUAAGAACAAUGCCAAAACGGUACCAGGCUAUGGUGAAAAUGCGUUGCAUGCAAAUCAUAAACGAUGCUGAAGUCGAAAUUGAAUCGAAUUUUGAAUGCGACGAAUCUGGAGGUUUUGUUGCGAAACAACAAAGUGGCAACUGCCGAUCCAAGAGCACAGAUAAUAUCGAUAAUACAAACAACGAUAGUAAUUCACAAGCUGCGUCUGGUGGUCAACCAUCAAAUAAUGUAAAUGAAAAUUCAGAGCAUUUUAUGUAUGUGAUGUCGCCAUCACGUGUAGAAACUAUGAUCGAUGUCUCGUCUGAGGAUGAAACUACCAACGGAACCAAUAACAAUUAGAUUACAAAAAUAAAAUAAAAGACCUUUAAUGUGUCAUAUUUAUUUAUGAAAGAUAAGAAAGAUUAAUGCUAUACAAAAAACUCAGGAUGUAGCCAAAAUGAGCUGAUACGAAUCUGAUGUAAAAUAUUUAAAAUUAAGUUAAAAUAUAGUAGCAUAAUUUAAAUGUUGUAAAUACAGUUUUAGUUAAAUUUAA